GCUUUGGCAGCUCGCUCCGCCCGGCAGCAGGCGGGUGGCUGAACGAGGCGACCUCGGAGAGAUGGUCCCCGCAGGGUGACACGCGUGGAGAGUCCGGGCGGAGGAAGGGGCCGCAACCCCGGGGUGAGGCGCCCGGCCCGAGUCCUGACUUCGCAGCGCCCUAGGAAAGAUCCACUGUUCAGAACAAGAUGUAUUCACAUAAACUUUUGACUGUGUUUCUGCACUUGGAUUUUAUGCAAAUGGCAGUUGCUCACUGUAUGGUACAUCAGAUUCCAGCGUCGAGCUUUAUGCUGCCUUGCAUGUCACCAAAUGAGACUUCCGUCAUUCCUUUGACUGCUGGUGUUGUAGCGAGCAGUCCUGGGUUGCACAGAGAGCAUGGAACCACUGAAACCAACUCUCUGAUGCUGGUGGCUGAAGAGAGUUUCCUCUGUUGCCUUUGGAGUGAAACACACGCAAAUUGUUCUUUGUACACAGCAGGCAUGGAAACAAAGAAAUUUACGUCCUCAGAAGUAAGUAGCUUUGCUCCUCAGCAAACAGAUUUAAGCUGGAACAUUCAAUGUUGGACUAAAGGAGACCUAGAACUGUUCGUUUGUAUCCUGAAAUUGUCUAACAAGAAGUCGUACUUGAAUGGAGAAUUUAAGAUUAAUCUUUUAUAUGUUCUAUCAGAGUUAUCACUGGAAGACAUAUCUACAGGUUCUCUAAAAGGCAAUUUCAUGGUUACUCCCUGCAACGGCAAUGGGUCUGAUAAGUAUGAAUGUCACAUACCUUCACUGAAACUCAACUACACUUAUAUUACAUGGUUAAACAUCAUAAAUGGGGUAACACUUCUUCAGUCACCUUUAAUGUCGGUCAGACCCAUAAAUAUUGUAAAGCCUGAAUCUCCAUUGAACCUGCGACUAGAAAUGACAGACAAAGGACAGUUAAAGAUCUGUUGGUCCAAUCCAGUACUAACACCAUAUCCACUUCAGUAUGAAGUGAAGUUUUCUGGGAAUACUACUCAAAAUACCUGGCAGGUGGUUGAGAUUGUCAUAGAAACCUCCCUCAUCAUAGGCAAUAUGCUGGUUGGUUCUUCAUAUUUAGUUCAAGUACGGUGCAAGAGUCUUCAUGGUACAGGAUUCUGGAGUGAUUGGAGCACACCUUAUAAUUUAAACGCAGAAGAUGUCAUGUACUUCCCUCCUAAGAUACUGACGAGUGUUGGUUCUAAUGUUUCCUUUCAUUGCCUCUAUAAUGAUAAAAACAAGAUGAUUUUGUCAAAGAAGAUUGUUUGGUGGCUGAAUUUAGCAGAAGAAAUCCCAGAGAGACAGUAUACACUUGUGAAUGAUCGUGUUAGCAGAGUUACUCUUUUCAACUUGAAUGCAACAAAACCUAGAGGAAAAUUCUUCUAUAAUGCAUUGUACUGUUGUAACCAAAACAGGGAAUGCCAUCAUCGAUAUGCUGAAUUAUAUGUAGUAGAUGUCAAUAUCAAUAUCACAUGUGAAACUGAUGGGUACUUAACUAAAAUGACUUGCAGAUGGUCCGCAAACACAAAUACAUUGCUUGUGGGGAGUUCUUUACAGUUAAAAUACUACAGGAGUAGUAUCUAUUGUUCUGACUUUCCAAGUAUUCCUCCAAAGUCGGAGGCAAAAGAAUGCCAUUUACAGAGGAAUCAUUAUUACGAGUGUACAUUUCAGCCUAUUUUUCUUUUAUCUGGAUAUACCAUGUGGAUAGAGAUAAAGCACCAACUAGGAACACUUGAAUCCCCACCAACCUGUGUCAUUCCAGCAGAAGUGGUGAAGCCGUUUCCUCCCUCUAACGUUAAGGCAGAAAUCACCAAGAAUAUUGGGCUGCUGAAUGUGAGCUGGACAAACCCAGCAUUUCCGAACAGCGAUCUUAAGUUUCAGAUUCGGUACUCUGUGAACAGGGAAGAAAUAUUAUGGGAGAUAUUUGAGGUUUCAAAUGCACCAACAAGAUCAGUCAUGAUAAAGGUACUGGACCUUUGUGUUGUAUAUAUAGUUCAGGUGCGCUGCAGUGGACUAGAUGGAUUAGGUUACUGGAGUGAUUGGAGUAAACCAGCAUAUACCAUUGUACAGGAUAUCCAAGCUCCCCUGAGAGGUCCUGAAUUUUGGAGAGUUAUUAAUGAAGAUCCCAUAAGGAAGCAGAAAAAUGUUACUUUAGUUUGGAAGCCACUGAUGAAGAAUUACUCAUUAUGCAGCGUGUGCGGAUAUAUUGUAAAACAGCACACUUCAGAAAACAUCACUUGGACUGAAUACGUCACCAGUGGCACUACCUAUACAUAUCCAUGGAUGGAGGAUGCACACACCAUUACAAUUCUAGCUGUUAACUCAGUUGGAGCUUCCUCAAUGAAUUUUAAUUUAACUCUGUCACAGCAAAUGAGCACAGUGAAUAUCGUGCAGUCACUCAGUGCUUAUCCAGUAAACAGCAGUUGUGUAAUUCUGACCUGGACACUUUCACCUCAAAUGUAUGUGAUAACAUCUUUUGUUAUUGAAUGGAAAAACCUUAAUGAGGAAGAACAAAUGAAAUGGAUACGAGUUGCUCCAAAUAUUAGCAAAUACUAUAUUUAUGAUCAUUUUAUUCUUAUUGAGAAGUACCAGUUUAGCCUGUACCCAAUAUUCCCUGAAGGAGUAGGCAACCCCAAAACGACUGAUGAAUUCAUCAAAGAUAGGAGUGAAAAACAGAACGAUGCAGGCCUCUAUGUGAUUCUUCCAAUAGUUAUUUCAUCCUUUGUUUUGUUGCUUGGAACUUUGCUGAUCUCGCAACAAAGAAUGAAGAAACUCUUCUGGGAGGAUGUUCCAAACCCCAAGAACUGCUCCUGGGCACAAGGAGUUAAUUUUCAAAAGAGAAUGGACAUUCUUUGAAGUCUAAUCAUGAUCACUUCCUGCUGAACCAUUGUGCCAGCUCCCAGACUUCAUAUACAGAAUUGUUAGAAGAUUUUUCUGUUUACAUUCAGAAGACAGGAAACACAGAUACAAUACAUGAUGAUUGAUUUAAAGAUAGUCCUGGAAAUAGUUUUGUUCAAAACUUAAGAUUCCCAUGCAAAAUCUGGGACAAUUGCCAUAUUGCAGCCUAGAGCAGGGUUUGCUACACAUGUAGGCAAAAAUCUUGCUUUAAAUCACAUUUUUAUCCUUUGUUUAGUAACCUGUUUAUUAAGGCUCUGACUUGCAAAGAGCUGAACACUCCUAGUUUCAAUAAGAGUUGAGAAUGCCCAGCACCUUUGAGGAUGGAGCCAUAAAAGCAGAAUUAUCAGAAUGGUCUGAGAUUCAGCUAGUUAAGUGCAAGACUUGCCCAGUUAUCAACUUAAAAUCAUUUUUUACCAGAGUUAUUGGUUGUUUACCCAAGAACUAGUCUGAUUCUGAUGCUGAACAGCUUUGGGAAUUUCUGCUGACUUCAGGCAUGUUGAGGCGGCCAAACCCAGCCACUGGAUGUGCACAGCACUUCCAUUAAGGUCAAUGGGAGCUGAUCACAUGCAUCUGAGUGCAGAAUUUAGUCCAAAGAAUUUGCAGAAAUAAUUUAGAGUGUUGUUCAUUGUGCCUUAGUCUUCUCUGACAAGGUCCAUUGUCCAUGUUAUGUUGUGUAGACAGGUACGUCACUCACUGUCAUUUAAACACAUAGCUAUUCCCACAGCCACUUUAAUAAUAGUGUCUGACUGGGUGUGUGUGUGUGUGUGUGUGUGUGUGUGUGUGUGUGUGUGUGUGUGUGUGUGUGUGUGUGUGUGCCUGCGUGUGUGUGUGUACAAAUCUGUUGUUACCCUUAGUAUGGCAACUUCUGCUUCGUGUAAUCUCCAUUUAGUAUCAUUUCAUGUUUGUAGCUAACCUAUUACUUAUUAUAUUAAAGUCUUUUUUCUUUUUUGUUUAAAGUGUUGCUGUAUUGUUAGAAUGCAAAGAAUAUAAUUUAAUAUUAAACAAAGUUCAUUAACAUAUAUAAUGUAGGGCCUGGUCCAAAGCUCCCUGAAGUCAGUAAUACUCUUUCCAUUCGAUCCAUGGAGCGGUGGACCAGGACCACAAUGCUGCUAUACUGACAGCAAUGGAGAAAAUGCUUUACAAUUUUGUAAAAUAUCAAAUAUGGCUGUGGGGCUUUGAACAAAGAUUUGUGUAUUGCUGGAGGAAGUGUGUGAGUUGCACAGAGACCUUUUUAUUUACUUAAUUAACUUAGCUAUAUAUAGAAAGGGAAACUUGUCACCGCCAGUCCAGUAACUCACAUGUUGGAUCUGGGACUGUGGGCCUGAUUCUCCUCUCACUUUGGUGUAAAUCAGGAGUAAGUCCAUUAAAAUCAGUGAAGUUAGACUAAUUUACGAACAGCCAAAGGAGGGUAAAGGAUUUAUAUUCCCAUGAUGUUAUUCCAUGUUCUUAUGUCCUGUUGGGUUCCUAGCUAAGGAGAAAGAAGUUAUGCAUGUGAAUAUAAAGUGUACUGUGCUGAAUGGGAAUUGAAGGGUCAUGUGACCUUUGACAGCUAGUACUGCAAUACAGUCUCCGUAUUUAAUGCAUGCUUCUUUUGUACACUUUAUUAAUCUUAGUGAAAAAUGGGCCACUUGGGUAUGUCUAUAAUGCAAUAAAAGACUCAUGGCAUGACUGCAGCUAGCCCGGGUCAGCUCACUUGGGCUUGCAGGACUGGGGCUGUGGGGCUAAAAAUUGCAGUUUAGGCAUUUGGGCAAAGGCUGGGGCCCAGGCUUUGAAAUCUUGCAAUGCAGGGGCAUUUCAGAGCCCAGGAUCCAGCCUCAGCCUGACUGUCUACACUGCAAUUUUUAGCCCUGCAGACCACGCCCUGUGAACCAGUCAAUUCAUCAGACCCUGAGACUCAUUAUUUUUAUUGCAGUGUAGAUGUAUCCGUACGGUCCUCAGAUGAGCACCGUUGUGCGUCUCUGAUUCCAUGUGCAUCCAAGGCCAGGGUCUAUACUCCUUUGAAAAUAGAAAGAAUUUAUGCAGCUGGGGCUAGAUUCUUCCCUCAUUUAUGUGAAUGCAAUUUUCAGUGGGAAAAACGAAGUGCAGGACUUUUACUGUAACUCUCAUUAGCUUUGAUACCCAUUGCCUGGAUAAAACUUCUGCAUAUCAGUACUAGAAACUUCUAACAUCCUUAUGUCUGAAGCCAUAUGUAACUCCUUAUUUUCUUUUGGUACGUCUGUCAGAAUACAAGAUUAACUGGAUUCAGUAAUUGGUUACUAAUGUGUGUAUUUAAUAUAGUCUGUUCUGUGAUUGAUACUGCAAGGCUGUAUUUAUGGAGUAUUAGUUUAACGAAAUAUUAUCAUUUUUAACCAUUAAUGCAGUACGGCAUAGGAUGGGUAAAUCCUGCAUCUGUACUGCAAUCUUGCAAAAAUGUACACGUGCUUAAUGUUAAGAUCCUGGGUGAUCCCACUGAUUUUCCAGUGAAAUGACUCUUGUACUUAAGGAUAAGGAUGUGAAUAAGUGUUUGCAGGAUUAGGUCAUAGUCUAAUCCUGCAGACCUUACUUAUCUAAAGCUCCAAAUGAUUUCCAAGGGAGAUAUGGCUGAGUAAUGACUAUGGCACUAUCCCUGAAAAGGUUUAUGCACAUGUUCAACUUUACAUAGUGUGAGUAGUCCCAUUGACCUCAGUGGGAUUAUUCCCAGUGAGUAAAGUUAAGCAGGACCUAAGGACUGCAGGAUUGUGAGGGGAGCAUAUUUUGUAGUCUCCUUGUGUCUGGCAAAUGAGUGUAAAUUAAAUUUUACUCUGUGCCACUUAAGAUCAUGAGUAUUCCCUUUUGGUUUCGUAGAAUUAUGUUAACUGCUAGAAGAUAUUUUUGCACAAAUCAUAUGACACACAUGUUGAGAACAUAUUUUACAGCGAUAUAUACACAUAUUACUCUGUCAUUAUUUACAUUACAUUAUGGUAUUACGUCUUUCUCAGGAGAUUGUAUAUUCAUUGCAUUUGUAUAUUCAUCUAAUAUAUUUUACUUAGUGAUGUGUUUGAUUCAGCAGAAAGUGACAUUUUCUAAUUGAAAUAUCUAUUUUAAAAAGUGGUAUUUGAUCAUUUAAUUUUUGAUAUUUGAUUGAUAAAAAGUGAUAGGCAGUAUUCUUAAUGUGAUCCUGUAGAACUCAUAUCCAGAGUUAUGCUCAUGCUUCAGGGCCUAAGUCAAACUCUAGUUAUUGGCGGUCAGUAAGAAACGUGUUUGCCGAGACGUCCAUAGCUGCCUACUGUGGGGUUUCUGCUCUGAAGUAUCUUAUACUGGCCACUGUUGAUGAGCAAAUACUGGACUAGAUGGACCACUGGUCUGAUUCAUUACAACAGUUCCUACAUUCCUACUUGGAUUCAUAGUUGAUCUGCCUUAGGGAAAGAUAAAUUUCAGCAAGGGACAUUCAAUAUGAAUUAAAGACAUUUCUUGGUAUAUGCAUUGUAGCAACUGUCUGCAGCUCAUUUCAGUAAUCAGUUUGCUAAUUUUAAAUGUCAUAUUCACAGUACUUUUGAUGUCCAUGGGAGUUCUGAGCAUGCAAGCAAUGCAGAAGCUAUCCCGAAUCAGCAUUUAGGCUAUAAUUUAGCAAGGUACCAAAGCAAGUGUUGACAUUUAAAUAUGGGAGUAGUUUAAAAACAUGCUUGAAUACCUUGCUAAAUCAGGGCCUUAAAUGCUAUGGUGAUGGCUAUUCUAGGUUAAACAAACACCCGCUAGCCUAAGAUAGAUAAAAUUUUACCAUAUCUUCUUAUAAUGUACACCAGUCUAAGCAUUAUGAAAUAUUCCUUGUUACUUUGGAAGGUUGCCUGCUGUGAUAUAAUAUCUGUAUGAUUUAUUAACAUAAAUACAAUCUGUUGUUUUUAACUAAUUGUUUUUUAUUUGUCUUAAUUAAACUCAUCAGUGGA